GGAGGUUUCACUUUUGGGUCUGGGAACCUUCAGGCUGUGUGCGCGCUGGGCAACUCCAGGGCAGAGGCUUCCGAUCCUGGCCUGCAGGGCAACCUGGCUUCGGCUUCGUGGGCACAGGCACGCGACGGUCACGGUCACUGCCCUGAGGGUGGAAGGCUGGACCAGCUGCCCUCCUCAGGAGUAUGGCAUCGGCCUUUGAGAAGGUGGUCAGGAGCGUGGUCCGGGAGCUGGACCACAAGGAGCUGACCCCUGUGGACAGUCUGCGGAGCUCCGCCAGCUUCCAGCCCUACAGCCUUUUGAGCAGGAAGCCCUUGAGCUCACGGUUCUGGAGACCACGCUACAUGUGUGUCAACUUGUCCAUCAGGGACAUCCUGGAGCCCGACAUGCCGGAGCCAGCCCUGGAGUGCGGUGGCACCUUCCAGUUCCAAGACAUGAUGGACGGGCAGCUGCAGGGCAGCGUGAAGCUGGCAGCCCCAGGACAGGGCAGGCUCUCAGGCGGGGCCGCGGUGUCCGGCAGCUCCAGCGCCUCGAUGGACCUGUGCACUCUGAGAGUGGCCCCCAACACCUGGGAAGCCAUGCACCGUGAGAGGCGCCUGCGGCAGCCUGAGCCCAAAACCCUGCAGCAGCUGCGGAGUCGGGGGGAUGACGUGUUCAUAGUGACCGAAGUGCUGCAGACACAGAAGGAGGUGGAGGUCACCCGGACGCACAAGCAGGAGGGCUCAGGCCAGUUUGCACUUCCGGGAGCCCUCUGCUUGCAGGGCAAAGGCGAGGGCCACCUGAGCCGGAAGAAGAUGGUCACCAUCCCCUCGGGCAGCACCCUCGCAUUUCGGGCGGCCCAGCUGGUUAUUGGCUCUGACUGGGACAUCCUCCUCUUCCCAGACAAGAAGCAAAGGACCUUCCCGUUGCUGGAGGCAGGCUGCAGGCCCUUCAGCAGUGCAGACGGCCAUCCAUGUUCGUGCUUCAGCUUUGCCUCCAUAAGGGGCCUCUCUGACUACUUCCAGUUCCAGUCGGAUGGGUCCAUGGAGCACUGGCUGGCGACCACUGAUGACUUCCAGGGCCUGCGGGCAGAGGUGGAGGCCUGGGCCAUGGGCCUGGAGGGCUUGUCCAAGGGGCCAUGUGGGCAGCUGCUGGGUGGCCUGGGGCAGGUGCUAUGGGACGAGCCGGCUCUGCAAGCCCUGGAGGAGUCGCUGGAGCAGGUGCCUGCCCACCCUGCUCACCCCCACUCCCCUGGGCGCCCCCACCUGGAGCAGGUGCCUGCCCGCCCUGCUCACCCCCACUCCCCUGGGCGCCCCCACCUGGAGCAGGUGCCUGCCCACCCUGCUCACCCCCACUCCCCUGGGCGCCCCCACCUGGAGCAGGUGCCUGCCCGCCCUGCUCACCCCCACUCCCCUGGGCGCCCCCACCUGGAGCAGGUGCCUGCCCACCCUGCUCACCCCCACUCCCCUGGGCGCCCCCACCUGGAGCAGGUGCCUGCCCGCCCUGAUCACCCCCACUCCCCCGGGUGCCCCCACCUGGAGCAGGUGCCUGCCCGCCCUGCUCACCCCCACUCCCCCGGGUGCCCCCACCUGGAGCAGGUGCCUGCCCACCCUGCUCACCCCCACUCCCCCUGGGUGCCCCCACCUGGAGCAGGGCCUGUCCCGCCCUGCUCACCCCCACUCCCCCAGGCGCCCCCACCUGGAGCAGGUGCCUGCCCGCCCUGCUCACCCCCACUCCCCCUGGGUGCCCCCACCUGGAGCAGGGGUUAUCCUGCCCUGCUCACCCCCACUCCCCCAGGCAACCCCACCUGGAGCAAGGGCUGUCCUGCCCUGCUCACCCCCACUCCCCCAGGCGCCCCCACCUGGAGCAGGGCCUGCCCGCCCUGCUCACCCCCACUCCCCCAGGCGCCCCCACCUGGAGCAGGUGCCUGCCCGCCCUGAUCACCCCCACUCCC